AUGGCUACUGCUACUCCGCUCCACAGCCAGCUGCCAACCUGCGAGCGUUCAGCUCCUGGAUCAAUCAAUAUUCGCCCAGCUGAGUUUCCCAAAACUGCGUCUCCUCCAUCUCCCGACCUCGAUCCCAACAGGACUGCUCUGCAAUUGGUCAAUGUUUUGAACGAAUCACUCGCAAAGGGAGACUACGAAGCUGCCUCGAAACUCUUCGUCGAUCAAGGCUUCUGGCGAGAUCACUUGGCCUUGACGUGGGAGUUUCACACAACUCAAGGACCCGAAGCUAUUCGCGGUCUUCUGGAAUCGAGUUCUCAAUCCAGGGACGGCUUUCGCUUGAAAGAGAUCACCCUCAACACGAGCUCUGCCUUGCGGUCACCUCGAGUUGCGCCUCUGGAUGGAGAAGGCAAGGUUACGGGGAUCAUCUUCUUCAUUAACUUCAAAACGGCGAUUGGAUCUGGCGGAGGCGUGGCCAAGAUUGUGAACGACAAUGGAACCUGGAAAUUCUUCUCCCUCUACACAGCACUUCAGGAGCUCACUGGCCACGAGGAGCAGAUCAAUGGCAGACGACCCCGUGGAGUCGAGCACGGAGAGAAGCCAGGCCGGCAGAACUGGGCGCAAAGAAGAGAGAAAGAGACCCAGUACCAGGAUGCUGAUCCAACUGUUUUGAUUAUUGGUGCUGGUCAAUCCGGACUGACAGCAGCGGCCAGACUCAAGAUGAUUGGCGUCGAUGCCUUGAUCGUCGAUCGACAUGCGAGAGUCGGAGACAGCUGGAGAAAGCGAUACGAUCAGCUGGUGCUCCACGAUCCUGUCUGGUACGAUCACAUGCCGUAUCUUCCAUUCCCGCCGCAUUGGCCCAUCUUCACGCCAAAGGACAAGCUGGCGCAGUUCUUCGAAGCCUACGUCAGCUUGCUUGAACUCAACGUGUGGACUAGUGCCACAGUUGAAGAACCUUCUUGGAACGAGGCAAAAGGCAGUUGGACUGUAAAAGUCCUCCGACGACAGGAAGAUGGCUCGGUAGAGACUCGUACCCUGCAUCCACGACACAUCAUCCAAGCUACAGGCCAUUCCGGCUUCAAGUAUGUGCCGCCAAUCAAGGGAAUCGACUCAUUCCAAGGCGACCGCAUCUGCCACUCUUCAGAGUUCCCAGGGGCUCAGGAGGAGGGCCGAGGCAAGAAGGCGGUCAUAGUCGGAUCGUGCAAUUCGGCCCACGACAUUGCGCAGGACUACGUCGAAAAGGGCUACGACGUCACAAUGGUUCAGCGCUCGAGCACCUUUGUCGCCAGUUCCAAAUCCAUUACUGACAUUGCUCUGCGCGCCUACGCAGAAGACGGACCCCCUGUGGAAGACGUUGAUCUUCUGACCCAGAGCAACCCCAUUUCUGUGCUAAAGGCACUUCAGAUCACCGUGGCUCGAAAACAGGCAGAGAAUGACCGCGAUCUCCUCGAGGGCCUCGCACGCGCAGGCUUUAAUGUGGAUUCUGGGCCGGGUGGAUCCGGCCUCUUCUUCAAGUAUUUCCAGCUGGGAGGAGGAUAUUAUAUUGACGUCGGUGCCUCUAAGCUCAUUGUCGACGGCAAGAUCAAGGUCAAGUCCGGUCAGGAGGUGGCAGAAAUCCUGCCCCAUGGCUUGCGCCUCGCAGAUGGCAGUGAACUGGAGGCAGACGAGAUCAUUCUGGCAACAGGAUACGGAAACAUGCGAGAGGUGACGAGAAAGAUGUUUGGGGAUGCGGUUGCAGACAAGAUACAAGAUAUCUGGGGCAUCGGCCAGGGAGGAGAGCUUCGCACUAUCUGGCAGCAGAGCGGACAACCUGGCCUCUGGUACCACGGAGGCAAUCUGGCGCUGUGUAGAUAUUUCUCGAGGGCAUUGGCGCUGCAGAUCAAGGGCAUUGAGGAAGGGCUAUAUCGGUAUGGUGAGAAAUAG